AUGCAUCUCACUGGUAUCAGAAAGCCUAUACUGGCAUCUUCCCUUUUAUCGGCGAUAUGUCUCGUCACAGCCGCGCCGCAGCUGGCUUUCCCGAUCAAUUCACAAGUCCCUCCCGUGGCCUACGUAUCUGAGCCGUACGAUUUUGUGUUUUCCGAGAUUACUUUCUUAUCAAGCGCACCGCAGAUAUCCUACACGAUUACAAACAGUCCGAAGUGGCUCGAUCUUGACAGUGCUGCCCGGAAAUUCUCGGGCGUGCCAGACGCUGAUGAAGUGGGAGCAGCAACUUUCCAGCUUGUCGCCUCAGACUCGACAGGGCAGACAUCCACAAGCGUCACUUUCGUGGUUGCUGAAUCUCCAGAACUGCACAUCGAUGCGCCAAUACUUCCUCAGCUAGAGCGCAACGGGCCUACCUCUUCACCCAACUCGCUACUCGCACAUCCCGAAGAACCCUUCAACUUUUCUUUCGGAGAGGACACGUUUCGUGGUGCGGCCUUCGCAACGAGAUAUUAUGCUGUUUCUGCAGACGACACACCCCUGCCUUCGUGGGUGCAUUUUGAUGAUUCCAGACUGUCGUUUUCGGGCACGACUCCCGCGUUGGUCUCCAACCUCGCCCGGUCCCAGACAUACGGACUAAGACUGAUUGCGUCAAAUGUGCCUGGAUUUGCCGAAGCAGCAAUCGAUUUCAACAUUGUCAUUAGCAGACGUGUGUUCGGAUUUUCAACUGCCUCCCAGAACAUCACCGUCUCCCCUGACGUCCCCUUUCAGUCUGCAUCAUUCCGAUCCUUCCUCAGCCUGGAUGGCCAGGUUGUAGCAGAUAAUCAAGUUGCAAGCGUUGAUGCAGAUGUUCCGACAUGGGUGUCGUUCGACAAGAGUCAGUUAUCCUUGAGCGGUACUCCCGGUAUUUCAGCCAAUGCCACCAUCACAAUCAGCGUUACAGAUGUCUAUGGCGAUAUAGCCCGUGCCACCGUCUUUCUGCAAAGUUCGGCGGCCCGAAGCGAGCUCUUGGGGACUCUCGCUGUUGUUAAUGUUACCGCUGGAGAAUACUUCUCGUAUACUUUGGCCACUCCUUCAUUAUCACACACAAGCCGAGCGACAGCAGACCUGGGUGACGCACAAGGCUGGCUUAAUUUCGACUCCUUGAGCCGGACUCUGUCCGGGCAUGUUCCGUUGGAUCUGAAUGCCCAGACGCUAUAUAUUCGAAUCGCGUUUCAAGAGACAACAUCAACUGCUACAGGGGAUGUCGUGCUGCAAGUAGUGCAAGGCACGAGGGCGACGGGGGUCACGUCGACGCAAGUUUCAAAGACACAGACUCUUCCGCAGGCCAGUGUCACCAGCGAAGAUCCCGUGCCAGCUACCGGUUCCCGCAAUCAGAAGCCAACAAACGGGCAUACCUUGCACCUCAUACUUGCCAUCGUCUUCUCCGUAUUUGGAGCCAGCCUUGUGCUUCUUCUACUUCUGUGCUGCUUGCGAAGGAAGAAACAUAGCAAACGACGGGUUAGCAAGACUUCCAUUGAAGAUAGUCCUGGGUCUGGUGAAGGACAUGGGCAACGGGCUGCUCCACAGACUGCGUUGUCUACAGAGAUCCUGGGUCUCGUCAAUCCCCAGGGACCAGCCCCUCCCAGGCCUCCGAGACUCGAUCUCCGAUGGUCGAACGACUCGAUGCGACAGCCUAGGCAGAGCCUGUCGGCUGCAGCCCGACCAAGGCAACUUUCCCAGCACCGAAUUUCACAGAUAUUUACGGAUGAUCGAGGCCCAGCUACAGUCGUAGCGACACCAAGCCGAGCUGCGAAUACGGCAGAACCUGGGGGGACAACUGAUUUCGCCCCUGCAGCUGCGUCAGUCAAGCAGACCGCGCUGUCCCAAGGCCCUCUGUCACCCAUUGUCAGCAGAUCCUCCAUAGCAGGACGCCGAAGCCCAAAUAGGCUUUCUUCCAGAUUGAGUCAACAAAUUGUGCUGCCAGCAAUAGGGGGAUUACCAGAUCGACGAAGUGGCGCCGGACACGGCGCUGGUAUACUCUUGCCCCCUGAUGCGACUGCAAGCCGCAUGUCUUGGCGCGAUUCUUGGACUUCGAACCCAUCGACUGAUCAUCGUAGGACGACUCUGGUCCUAGAGUCGUUCCCGGCCCCACCCGGAGAUGGGUCAGGUUCCGGCAAAAGCCCUCCUAGAACAAGAAAACCAACCCCCUUGCUACGAGUUGUCUCCGAAGAUGGUGACGAGGCCAUGUCUUUCGAAGAACAGCGGCAGAGGUGGCACACUGAACGUGCAAGAGCGAAGCUGGAGGGGAUCUCACGAUUUUCCAACGGAGGGUCGGCACGGAUGAUGGGAUCAGUUAGAACACCGUGGCGUGCAAGAAGUAAGGCAACAGAAACUGAUGAGCCGUCGAAGUCGAUCAGCAAGCCCACCGUGGUUGGCGGACGCUCAUGUGAGUACUCAUGGUCGCAAUGGUCAGGAGUUGGACCAGCCGCCCGCGAAUCAUUAAAAGUGAGAAGUCCACCAGUCUCUCAUAUUCUCAGUCGACCGGUGUCAAGAAGGAGGCCCAGCUUUGCGAGUAGCGGCCAGUUUGAGUCGGUCACGUCCUCUGACAGUCUGUGGGAAGACGAGGAGGAUCUGGAGGUGGAGGAACCCAAGCAAGGAUUCAGACGGUGGCAGAUAGACAACAGCUCACAAGCAUCGCCGCGCCUACCCUUCAACCCAGUUCGUGCUUCGAGGGAGAACUCGGGCCGGAGGAGUGCCAGCGAUGACACCAGGGCUCACACGCGGGUGGCGGACAGGAGACAGCAAGUCAGUGUUGAGGAGGGAGGGCUGACGAGGUCGUCCGGCAGCCAAAGUGGAAGCUUCCGUUUUGUUUGA